CAUAAAUUUUAAAUUUAGUGAUUGACAAUUUUUCCUAUGAAAAUUACCAAAAGAAUACUGAGCAGCAUAGUUUAAGUAAAUUUGUAUGGUUUAGUAGUGGUAGUGGUCCUUUUAUAUUACCACUUGUCUAUUUUAUGUACUGCUCACAUUAACAAUUAUAGAAUAAGAAAUGAUAUACUUUUAUUUGAUGAUUGUUACUGAAUACCAGUAUAAUCAUGAAUGCCCACCCUUAUAUACUCAUUAUUUAUUUGUAUGUAGCAGAAAGUAAUAGCUCAAGAAAUGAAGAAGGUACAUUUAGAUCUGAUAUUGCUUAUAGAGUCAUGACAGAAUAUACUGGAAUGAUAAAGGAAAAGGUUGGUUUGUAUCCAUUGGUAGACAGGCUGGUUGAGAACAGGGUAAUAAGUCAUGUUGAAAAAGAUCAGAUUAUUGACACCAGCACUGUACUAACUGCUGAUCAAAGAAUGGACAAGCUACUUAGUUUACUUAAGGAAUCUAUUAAAGAGGAUGGAGAAGAUUUUGGUUUGUUUUUAGAAAUAAUUAAACACGUUGAUACAAAAAGAGCUGAUAGACUAGCACAGACACUAUUAGACAAGUAUAAAGAUUAUUAUGUAAUUUAAUCAUUUAAUUUUUUUUUAAAUACGACCUUAAAGGUUGAAAUCAAUGAUAAAUUAAA